AUGGAUAAGUCUGUCGAAGAUGCGUCUUCACAGCUAGGUAGGACUGGUGCGAAUUCCACUAGUCCUGUGAAUAUCAUUGAUACAGAGGGUGGAAAUGACAACGAAGAAGAGCUGGAAUACUCUCUUGGCGAUGAAGAAUUAGGAAGCGAAGAGGAGCAGUUAGAAGGCGAUACACAAGCACCUGUUCAAAGAUCAAACCAAGAUACUAUUGAAGGUGAUACUCUAGACGCUUUUCAAAAGAAAAAGAGAGCCAGAAAAUCUGAAGCAUGGGAUGAUUUCGAAGAUGUGGAAGUUGGGCCUCAGAAGACAAUUUACUCAGAGUGUAACCAUUGCCAGUCUAGAUUCAAAAAGACGAAGACCGGUACAACUUCAAGUUUGUUAAGGCAUCGGAAAAAUUGUCCAAAACGAUUGGAGAAACUCAAAAUAGUAGAGGCACGCCAGCAAAAACUCAAUUUUCCAGCUGCUGAUUCUAGCUCAAAUGCUCAUUCACUCCUUCAUACUGGCAAGUUUGACAUGGCUGCCAUGAGACAAAGCGCGGCUGAGUGGGUGCUUAUGCAUGAGCAUCCCUUUUCAAUUGUGGAGGAAGAUGGCUUCAACUUAAUGAUGAAAAAGGGGAUGCCUGAAUGGCAAAAAAUCAGCCGGACUACUAACAAGAAAGAUUGUCUUUCCGUGUAUGAAAGAGAGAAGCAGAAAUUGAAGCAUUUGUUAAGUAAAGUCAAGAAAAUCAGCUUGACCACAGACCUUUGGAAGUCCAAGAACCAAAAAAUUGAAUACAUGGUUAUAACUGGACAUUGGAUUGACAACCAAUGGAGAUUACAAAAACGAGUCCUCAACUUUGUGCAUGUUCCCCCUCCACGUCCAGGCAUUGCCAUUGCAGAUGCUAUUUACAAAUGCAUGUUGGAUUGGGGCACUGAGAGCAAAAUUUAUACAGUGUCAGUUGAUAACGCGUCAAAUAAUGACACCGCACUACGAUGUUUGAAGGACACCUUCUCGAGAAACAAGUGCUUGUUGGCCAAAGGAAAGUUAUUCCAUGUGAGAUGUUGUGCUCACAUACUUAACUUGAUGGUUCAAGAUGGCCUUAGUGAAAUUCAAGAAAUAAUUCAUGACAUACGGGCAAGUGUAGAGUUUGUAAACAAAACUGAAGGGAGGCGAUUGAUCUUUGGUGAAAUUGUACACCAGCUACGAUUGCCUGAAAGAGUGCUGAUUUAUGACUGCAAAAUAAGGUGGAAUUCGACCUAUGAGAUGCUAGCUUGCGCUCUCAAGUUCAAUGAGGUGUUCCCGAGAUUCAAAGACAGAGAGCCAAGCUAUACUUUUUGUCCUUCCACAGAAGAUUGGGAAAAGGUAAAAAAGGUGUGCAGUAUUUUAGGAGUUUUUUGGAAUGCGACUCAUAUAAUAUCUGGGAGUGAUUAUCCGACAGCUAAUUUAUAUUUAAAUGAAGUUUGGCGGAUAAAAACGCUUCUAGAUAGCAGAGCAAACGAUGAAAACAGCUUUAUUCAAGCAAUGGUCUGGAAGAUGAAGAUGAAAUUUGACAAGUAUUGGGGUGAGUGUAACCUGAUGAUGUCCAUAGCAGCCAUCUUGGAUCCCAGGCUCAAGAUGCGAGUUAUCAACUACUGCUUUCCACUGAUAUAUCCUCCACAUGAAGUGCAAGCGAAUAUAAACAAAGUCCGGCAAGCAUUGUAUGAUUUAUAUGCCGAGUAUGUGCAGGUGCAUGUUUCAAGUUCAAGAGAUUCUGGAGCAAGCUCUCAAGUAGUGACAAAUGAUCCAGGUAGCAAGAGUAGCAAUAGUUCAUCCUCUACAAUGACACACGUUACUGGAAUGUGUGAAUUUCUAUCUCACAUUGCUACUGUGGAACCCGUUCAACUGGAGAAAAAUGAGCUAGAUAUCUACUUUGAAGAUGGCCUUCUCAGUGCUAUGGAUAAGUCGAGCCUGGAUAUUGUCAACUUAGAUGCUUUGAAAUGGUGGAAAAGCACAAUAAAAUACAAGAUUUUGCCUAAGAUGGCUGCGGAUAUUUUAGCCAUUCCUGUUAGCACCGUAGCUUCGGAAGCGACAUUUAGUGCUGGAACUAGAGUGCUUGACUCCUACCGUGCUUCUUUAGCUCCAGAAACUGUAGAGAUGUUGAUGUGUGCUGGGGAUUGGUGUCGUAAGCUACACGGGGUGAAGAAAAGGGAUAAGAAAAUGAAGUCAGCACAAGAGAUUUCAUUGCCUAUUCCUUGA